UUUUGUUUUUUUUUUUAAGAAAAGGUGUAUGGUAACUUUCUCCGCAGCAUCCCACAGUCCAUCUUGUCCCAAGGCCAUCACAGUUUACAAGUCUCACAUUGCCGCAAUCGAUGCAAUUUACAAGGACGUUAACAUUGUAUAUUAUCCCGAGUUGAUCAUGGCAGCAAGACAUGAGAGUGUCAUUAUACAGGAUACCAUGAAACACGGAUGUAAUCCGCAGGUGCCCCAGUUUAAAAUGAUGGGCUAUUCUUACGACGAGGACCUCGAAGAGCUGUGUCCAGUUUGUGGGGACAAAGUAUCUGGAUAUCACUAUGGACUGCUGACCUGUGAGAGCUGCAAGGGUUUCUUCAAGCGAACGGUUCAGAACAAUAAGAGAUACACGUGUAUCGAGAACCAGACCUGCCAGAUCGACAAGACUCAGAGGAAGAGAUGUCCGUAUUGUAGGUUCCAGAAAUGUCUGAGUGUGGGAAUGAAGUUGGAAGCUGUACGGGCCGAUCGGAUGCGUGGAGGAAGGAACAAGUUUGGGCCAAUGUACAAAAGGGACCGUGCUCUGAAGCAGCAGAAGAAGGCUUUGAUUCGAGCGAAUGGACUAAAAUUAGAGGCAAUGAGUCAAGUCAUCCAAGCUAUUCCAACGGACCUAACCAUUUCAUCUGCUAUCCAGAACAUCCACUCAGCAUCAAAGGGUCUACCUCUGAACCAUGCUGCCCUACCCCCAACAGACUAUGACAGAAGCCCUUUUGUAACAUCACCCAUCAGCAUGGCAAUGCCACCUCAUGGAAGUCUGCAAGGUUACCAGUCCUAUGGACACUUUCCCAGUCGUGCAAUUAAAUCAGAGUACCCAGACCCUUACACAAGUUCACCUGAGUCCAUCAUGGGAUACUCAUACAUGGACAGUUAUCAGUCUAGCUCCCCAUCAAAUAUCCCACACCUCAUUGUGGAACUCUUGAAAUGUGAACCAGAUGAACCUCAAGUGCAAGGGAAGAUUAUGGCCUACUUACAGCAGGAGCAAGCAAACAGGAGCAAACACGAUAAACUCAAUACUUUUGGACUCAUGUGCAAAAUGGCAGACCAGACGCUUUUUUCCAUUGUUGAAUGGGCAAGAAGUAGCAUCUUCUUUCGAGAGCUAAAGGUGGACGACCAGAUGAAGCUUCUCCAGAAUUGUUGGAGUGAAUUGUUAAUCUUAGACCAUAUAUUCCGGCAAGUUCUACAUGGGAAGGAAGGUUCCAUUCUUCUGGUGACUGGCCAGCAAGUGGAUUAUUCUGUCAUUGUCACACAGGCAGGAGCCACAUUAAACAACAUCAUGAGCCAAGCACAGGAACUGGUGGCCAAGCUCCGAUCUCUUCAGUUUGACUUAAGAGAGUUUGUGUGUCUAAAAUUCUUGGUGCUGUUCAGUAAUGAUGUCAAAAAUUUGGAGAACUUUCAGUUGGUUGAUGGUGUUCAAGAACAAGUCAAUGCUGCUCUACUGGACUAUACGUUGUGUAACUAUCCACAGACCACAGACAAAUACGGGCAGCUGUUGGUACGGUUACCCGACAUUCGAUCCAUAAGUAUGCAGGCAGAAGAAUACUUAUACUAUAAACAUCUCAAUGGGGACGUGCCGUGUAACAAUUUGCUUAUUGAAAUGCUCCAUGCAAAGAGGGCCUAACUUUUUCUUUUUUUAAAAAAAAACUGUGCAGAAAUAUUUACAAAGACUAUUUAUCUCUAAAGACAUUGAAACAUUAAAAAAAAAAGGUAUAAUAAUCAGAAAUCUUAAUAGUCAAUAAGUGAUGCAUCAGGGUAUUUGUAUUUCAAACUGUGAAUGACAUUACAUAUUCCCAAAGGAUUUGCACAUGAUAUGCUAAGUGAAUUCAAAAUGACCUACCAGGUGGAAUUCCAAGUGGAAGAACGGUUGUUCCUGUGCAUUCUAAAACUGGGAUCAUCUUCAAAAAGAAGAACGUUUGAAAGACUGGGCAUAUAUUUGACAGUACACAAGUGGCAUCGGAGAGGGAACGUAUUUUCAAGACCAAUCCUUCCUUACUUUUAAAGUCGUCACACCGUAUAUGUUUAUGCAUUUCCAAGUGUGUUUUGUUUAAAAUGAGGUUGGCCAAAAAACAGAAUACAAACCAAAAAUGUUUAUAUAUAUAAAUAUAUAUAUUUGCAUGUAAAGUACUCUAUUGGUUGGGCAAAUACUUCCUUGUGGAAGUUACAGAACAAUUGUGAAAUGAUCUUAAGAGACCCCCAUUUGCAAAAAUACAUGUGUAGUCUAAGAACAUCUAUUUGGUAAGUUGAAGCACCCAUCUUUAAAUAAAUCAUCCAGGAUCCAGAUAUUACAUUAAAUUAUGAUACUGUAAGUAAGAGACCACAGUGUUCAUUUCCUUUGGAAAAAAGAAGCUAUUGUUGUCCUUAUGUGUUAUUUGCACUGUGUUCAUUGUAUUGUUUUAUUGUUACAUGCUGCUGAUUCACACACACUUAUAUUAUACCUGAAGAGUCUCCCUAAAAUUUACUUUUUACCCAGAUGCUAAAUGGUACCAAGAAUCAGAAGUACCAUUAAUUUAAUAUUUUUCAAUACCAGUACAUAUUCAGUUUUGUUCCAGUACCUUCAUUCUUCAUGUUUGUGGAAAACAUUAAAUUGGUCUUUAACAAAGAAAUUUCUUGUAUGGGUUAAGGGUUGACACAUUAUUUUCUGUAGGGUGUGUUGUACAGUCUAGUAAAAUCUUUUAUUGUUCUUGAA